GGAAUAUAAAAGUAAAUUAAAAAUCAAUACUAUGUACUAUUCACAUCUACGCUUGCUUAUUUUUUACUUGUGUGAAGAUUUUGACUUUAUUUCAACUCUUGUAGAGAAAACUUCCAAACUUCAAUGCUUAAUCAUGCACUUUUCAAAUGAAGAUUAUAUAGUUAAAAUUCAAAAAGAUACUAUUUUAAGAUUUUGGAAUAUUUUUGAACAUGAGGCUUUCAACGAAAUGCGUUGUCUUGUCCUUGAUAAUUGUAGCUUUCUUGAAUCUUUUCCAAAUAAUGUAUACAAAUCAUUACAAUUAACUGAUUUAGAAUUGGCAAAUUGUAUAAAUUUGAAACAGUUGACAACCAAUUUGUAUAACAUGACAUCUUUGGUUACUCUUUGCCUUAGAAAUUGUUCAUUAUUAGAAGAGUUUCCAAGUGGAUUGAAAAAUUUGGUAUCAUUGGAAUAUUUAUGUCUCUUUAAGUGUAAAAAAUUGAAGAACUUGUCGAAAGGAUUUGGAAGCUUGACAUGUUUGAAGAAGCUAUACAUGUACGAAUGUGAGGCUUUGGAAGAGUUUCCAAGUGGAUUGGAGAAUUUGGUCUCACUAGAAGAAUUGGAUUUCUCAAAGUGUAGAAAGUUGAAAAACUUACCAACAGGGUUUGGAAGCUUGAUAUGCUUGAAGAAGCUAUAUAUGUGGGAAUGUGAGGCUUUGGAAGAGUUUCCAAGUGGAUUGGAGAAUUUAGUUUCAUUAGAAGAAUUGACUUUCUCUAAGUGUAGAAAGUUGAAAAACUUACCAGAAGGAUUUAGAAGCUUAACAUGUUUGAAGAAACUAUACAUGUGGGAAUGUGAGGCUUUGGAAGAGUUUUCAAGUAGAUUAGAAAAUUUGGUUUCAUUGGAAGAAUUGGCUUUUUCAUUGUGUAAGAAGUUAAAAACCUUGAUAAAAGGGUUUGGAAGUUUAAUAUGUUUGAAGAAGUUAAUAAUGUAUGAAUGUGAGGCUUUGGAAGAAUUUCCAAGUGGAUUAAAAAAUUUGAUUUCAUUAGAAGAAUUGGAUUUCUCAAAGUGUAGGAAGUUGAAAAACAUACCAGAAGGGUUUCAAAGCUUGACAUGUUUGAAGAGGUUAAUUAUGCAAGAAUGUGAGAUUUUGAAGAAGUUUCCAAGUGGAUUAGAGAAUUUGGUUUCAUUGGAAUAUUUGGCCUUUUCAAAGUGUAGGAAGUUGAAAAACUUACCUGAAGGAUUUGGAAGCUUGACAUGCUUGAAGAAACUAAACAUGCAAGAAUGUGAGGCACUGGAAGAGUUUUUAAGUGGAUUAGAUAAUUUGAUUUCAUUAGAAGAAUUGACUUUUUCAAAGUGUAGGAAAUUAAAAACUUACGAGAAGGAUUUGGAAGCUUGACAUGCUUGAAGAAACUAAACAUGCGAGAAUGUGAGGCUUUGGAAGAGUUUCCUAGUGGAUUAGAUAAUUUGGCUUCAUUGAAAUAUUUAGAUUUUUCAAAGUGUAGGAAGUUGAAAAACUUACAAGAAGGGUUUGGAAGCUUGACAUGCUU